AUGUCCACCAACUUCUCUGGCGGCCUCAGCGGCCGGCGCCGAGCCGACCUCGUUGAGAUCGCUGAAGCCCUUGGUCUUGACACUUCCGUCACCGUCGUCGAGCUCAAGGACAGCAUCCAGAAACACCUGGAUGAUAAUGAGGCGGACUUGUCGACCCAGCCGAGAUUCAAGGGAUUGUAUGGCCGGCGCCGCACGAGCAGGAACGACGAGUCCGACACGGACACCGUAUCUGGCGAAGGCAAGGCGGAGGCCAAGUCUGUCGCUCGGACGGCUCGCAAGUCGAUGAGCCGAGCAGUGGACCGUGUCCAGGCUACGUUCGACGCCGCGGGUAUCCCUCUUCCGGACACUCCGUUGGCCCACAAGGUUGCUGGAGUCGCCAACAAGGCUGCGGAAAGCGCAACCGAAGUCGCAGCACAGACUGUCGAUCUGGCCAACAACGCCGUCGUGGCCGCUACCAACGCCUCCCAGGCCCUCGUCCCCACCAAGCAGACCCAGCGCCAGCUCCGCCAGUACUGGAACAAGACCUCGAACGUGGUCAUGAAGUACGCCAACGAGGGGCAGAAGCGGGUCGACGUGGGCGUUACGCCCGUCCGAGAGUUCCUCUCGAGCCCCCAGAACCUCAUCGUCGCCUUCCUCUCGAUCGAGCUCGCGCACCUCCUCCUCACCUCGUCGCAGUCGUACAACCACACCCUCUUCUUCCCGCCCGCGGGCGGAUCGACCGGCUCGCUCGACUCACUUGUUGGCGGUCUGUUCUCCUGGGCACCCAAAGUACAGUUCACGAUCCGUGUCCCCGAAUGGGCCAACUGGAGCUCUACCAGCCAGGUCUGGGGCGCUCUGUCCUGGUGGAUCAUGGGCACCGUCGUUCCCGCUCUGGCCGGGUCUAGCCUUAUCCAAAUGACCCACCCUGCCAAGCACAAGGGCGUCACUACUCGCCACCAGGCCGCCCAGCACAAGCAGACCUUCGACCCCCUCGUCUUUGCGUUGCUCCGCUUCUUUCUCCUUCUGUGGCCCCUCACCACCGCCGCGCCCACCGCCAUGGUCGACGCCCUUGAGAUGACGGGCAAUCUCCAAGGUCGGGCGCUCGCCGCUGGGCUCAUGGCCGGCUUGGUCGCUGGCCAGCAGUUCUCCAACUCAAGCUAG